GGUGUUCCAAUCCCUCCCAAUCAUGUGAUUCAGGUGCUCCAAUACCCUCCACAUCAUGUGAUUCAGGUGUUCCAAAUCCCCUCCCAAUCAUGUGAUUCAGGUGUUCCAAUCCCCUCCCAACCAUGUGAUUCAGGUGUUCCAAUCCCCCCUCCAUAUCAUGUGAUUCAGGUGUUCCAAUCCCCUCCCAAUUCAUGUGAUUCAGAGGUGUUCCAAUCCCCUCCAUAUCAUGUGAUUCAGGUGUUCAAUCCCCUCCAUGCACACAGGUGUAUACAAUCAAGCCCCUAGGCAUGCAGACGGCUUCUACAAACAUUGGUGAAAGAAUGGGUCGCUCUCAGGAGCUCAGUGACUUCCAAGCGUGGUCCCGUGAUAGGUGGCCACCUGGGCAAUAAGUCCAUCCGUGACAUUUCCUGGCUACUAAAUAUUCCACGCUCAACUGUUAGUGGGAUU